GCUUUUCUUUGUGUGCCACUAUCUUCGUCGUCGUUGUCGCUGGUGUUUGUGGGCUGUAGGCGUGUAUGGGAUUGCCGUCGUCGGCAGCCGCUUCUCGUUUCUCGUUGUUCCUCUUCUUCUCCCGUAGAGCGUGAGGGUUGCCUCCGGGGCAACCGAUCCCCCUCGCGCUUAAUUUUUUUUUAAUAUAUAUGUUUUUUCUUUCCGAAAAGAAGGCGUCUUCGUAUCUUUCCUUUCCUUGACUUGUGUUUUCCUUUUGCUUGUUUUUAUUUCGUCGCCUCCCGAGCGAGGGAGGAAGAGAAAAUCUCCCACCGUAAUGCCGCGGCACAACGCGCGGAAAAUUGGGCGCUUCAUGCUGACAGAGGUGAAGAAGGAGGAGGACUACGCCGUCUACGAAGGCUAUGAGGAGACACGCCCAGAGCGACCCGUGCGCGUCAAGGGCUACCUGCGCGAUCGCGUGCUGCUCGAAAACAUUAGUGUUCGGAUUGGCAUCGAGGAAAAUGUUCUAGGCCGCACCGUAGCAUACCUGCGUGCGCGAUACGGCGAGCUUCGCAAGGCCGCGACCGGUAGCGCCGACCCGGAGCUGGAGAGCUCCAUGGAGGGUGGCAGCGCCAUAUCGCAGACCUCGACCUCCGCUGCCGUGGCCAUCAGCGAUGCCGACGUCCCGUUUGAGUACCACUGUUCGCGCCACGUGCUGCUCAUUCACGACAAGAUGCAGAGCUCCUCGAAGGUGUUCCUCGUGCGGGAUUUGAUGGCGGGCAGCGUGCACAGCGUCGUCGCGCACGGUCGACUGCUCGAGGAAGGCGCGUUCUUCUACUUUUAUCAGCUCCUCAUGGCCGUCCACUUCCUCCACCUGCACAACGUCGUGCACCGCAACAUCAGCACGGACCACAUGUAUCUGGCGCGAGCCAGCACCCAAGUCCGACUCGGCGGUAUGAGCAGCUGCAUGCUCGAAAGUCAGCCGAACGAUCUCGACCCGACGCAGCAGCCCCGCAGCAGCACGCCGCAGCCCGGGUCGUACGGCAUUUGUAGUAACUGCCAUAAAGACGUCCCCAUCGUCGCGUCGCCGCCGGAGGGCGGGGCACUGGCCGCUACGGGGCCAGAGCGCAACGGCAACGGCGAGGGCGCCAACGCACCACCCGUCAACAUGCUCUUCACCGUGUGCCGCCACUGCGGUGUCUAUCAGAGCCGUCUCCAGGUGCUACAGACGGCCGUCGGCACGCCGGGCUACCUCGCACCGGAGACGCUCGCAUACCAGCCCCCUAGCUCCCUCAUGAACACCACCAUGCAGUCCUCCGCGGCGCAGGCAAGAGCAGGGGAGCGCAUUACCGACGGCCAGGCGCGUGACAUAUGGGCUUGCGGCGUCGUGCUGUAUCACAUGCUGACCGCCUCCCUGCCCUUUGACCCCCUCGCGCAGGGCGGCACGGUGCAGCCGCCGAGCUCGACGCGCAGCCCCGAGCAGGUGUAUGAGAUGGUCUGCCGUAUUGUGGCGAUGGACUACCAAAUCCCCGCCUACGUCUCGGAUACGUCGCGGGGGCUGCUGCAGUGGCUCCUCCAGCGCGACCCAAAGAAGCGGCCAACGGCGCUGGAGGUGCUGCGCCACCCGGCGUUCGCGAUUGUGCGCGACUCUGUGCUUCGCUCUUUCUAA